GAUUGUCAACCGCCAUGAUUGUACUGAUGUAGAUCUACCACUCCAUGCACCGCAGCCAAGUGGUGCAGAUCUUUCAUAAAACUCGUGAGCAUCCAGUGACUUCGCGUAGAGCUAGACUUAACUAGAGCAGUAGAGCCUAGAGCCUACAAUGUAGAGGGCUACUCAGAUCAGCGACCUGACUUGUGAUCUGACUCCGGCUGUCUCCAUGGUCUCUGUCUGCCAAGACGAUGCGAGCCAGCCGACUUGUUGUCGUGGUUAUUGCUUGGCUCGGGAGAGUACUGGUGCAGGGUUGGAUCCACUGGGACAGUGGGAGACAGUGGACAGGUCAGAUCACACGACCUGGAUCUGCGGCAUUUGCAUGGUCUUCAUGUCUGGAAACAUAUCAGUCAUCAAUACUUGAAACCGACUGAAUCGGAAAAAGCCCAAACAAGAACGAUAAUCCCUCACAGAGUUCGGCAAAUUCCUGAUUUAUAGUCUAGACGACUACACUAACAAGCAACAGUGCUGAAGCGCAAAUACGGCAGGGGACUGACGCGGUAACGGAGCAAGAAAAGAGCAAGAUGAAGCGGCUCCCUUCUACGUUGGUAGGUAGCCUAGUAAUAUCGGUGCUGCUCGUUCUUGCAAUUGGAUCUCACGGCCAUGGCUGGGAAGGUCACCAUCCUCCGGUACCAUUGCCUCCGCAACCAGCCAGGUUCUCUGGUGUGUUCGACGACAACAUGGUGUUACAGCGAGCUCCUGCAAAAGCAGCAGUGUUUGGCAGCGCUAUGAACCUCAGCUCUUCCACAGCUACCGUCACUGUGACGGUCUCGUCGGCAGAGGGUAGCAGUAAGACCUACGCAGCACAGGUGUCCGAGAACAAUAUGAACUGGAAAGUUCUGUUGGAUCCUGCCGAGGCUGGUGGAGACUACACCAUCACCUGUGCAUGUACUCAAGGUUGUGUCAACAGCAGUGUGGGUGGUACGAUCCAGAAUGUUACAUUUGGUGAUGUCUACUUCUGCUCUGGCCAGAGUAACAUGGAGUUAGAACUUCACUAUACAUUCAGUCGUAAUGACACGCUGGAUGCUAUUGCAAAGGGUAUGUACCACAACAUACGCAUCCGGCAAUUCCCCAACCACCCCAUGGACGAACCAACAUAUAUGUUUGAGCCGGGAAAGGGGGCGCUGUACCCGAAUGCCUCCACUUGGCUAGGUGCCGGUCAGGCUUUGGCCUUAGAACUGCCUGAAAAGACAUGCUAUAACUGCGGCAUGGCCAAUCGUACAGUGCUGAUACACUUCAGCGCGGCUUGUUGGUACUUUGGUCAGGCGCUGUCUGACGAGCUUGCCAAGAUGAACAACGGAACAACGAUUCCGAUUGGUCUGAUUGCUAGCAGCGUUGGAGGGACUAUCAUAGAGCUUUGGACACCGCGCGACAAGAUUACCAACUGCCAGGACACCUUGUGCGGAGCGAAGCUCAAUAUGACUACAUGCGGUCGCCUCUACAAUGGCAUGGUGUCACCAUUUGUCAACAUGACCGUCAAGGGAUUCCUAUGGUAUCAGGGUGAGAACAAUGUUGGAGGCUUCACUGGUAACUCACUGGAGCACACUGGCUACGGCUGUAUGCUGCCUAACAUGAUAAGCACGUGGAGAACAGCAUGGUCGGUGGAAGAGGGCACCACAGACCCUCUGGCUCCAUUCGGUGUCUACACGUUAGCUGCGGGCACCAGUGAAGGACACGGUACUCACAUGGGUGGAUUCCGCUGGUCGGAGACGGCAAACUACGGUGUCGUCCCCAACCCUGCCAUGCCCAACUGCUUUGUGGCAAGUGGUUAUGACUUGGGUGAUCCUUGGGGGAAGAAGUGUGGUAAGCAAAACUGCUGUGUGUCGGAUACAACACCUCCUAAGCCACCGUGUAGUGGUGAUAUCCGCUGGAAUGUGAAGACAACGCACUUCUUCAUGGGUCCUAUUCAUCCACGACCAAAACGGCCGUUUGCCGAGCGUCUGGCCAAAGCAGCAGCAGUCGUGGUGUACGGGGCAAAGGGUCCUGCCACAGGUCCAGUGAUUGCCGGCUGCUCCAUGUCGACGGACGGUGCCAUGAUAACAGUGCGCUUCAAUUCCACACUUCUUACCACGGAUAAAGUGAUUGUUCAAGACUAUAAUCAGACACUGUUGGCAAGCGGCAUGGAAGUGUGUACGGGAGAAGUGGAUCCGCCGUACGCGCCCAACUUCAACGACAAGAACUGGACGACUGUCGAUGUGAAAGUGGACAGCAGUGGCAGUGGAAUUCUGGUCGACUUGAGCUCCCUGAACGGCACGAAACCCAGCGCUGUGCGUUACGCAUGGCAGGACUAUCCCUGCUGUGGCGAAUUGGAUAGAAGCCUUGCGCCCUGUCCACCCGGCUCGUGUCCAGUGAUGGGAUCACCGUCCAUGUUUCCUGCCAUGCCAUUCUUCGCUCUCCUCCAGGACGGCAAGUGUAAAUGUGUUCCACCGCAGGUGUGUGAUGGUUGAAUUGGACAAAAUUAGAGCGAUUCGCUUGUCCACACCAAGUCAGUUACUCUUCUCGUUGCUCACACACUGGACUGGUUUCUUCACUUUGAUGUGUAGUUGUAGUAGCAGUUGUGGCUGUUGUUGUUCUUGUUCUUGUUGUCGUCGUCAUCCUUGUGACUGUUUACUCUUUGAUCAAGUUCAUGUAAAGUACACUUUCACCGGCGAAUCACCUUCCAGCUAUUAUACUAUUUGCACCAAAAGCACCUAUCAGAUGUUAUUACACUGCAGUUUAUUGAUUGAGUUCGUUACCAAUAGCCCUUUUCCUAUGGUGCCAACAUUUUCACAACUUUUGAUUUUCGCAACCAUGCCAGUGUUGCCACAGCAAGUGAAAGUUGGUAAAACGAAGGAAUUGCCAUGGUUGUAGCUGUACUAGCUGUGUGAGCAGUUGAAAACUAUGUUGAGAGUUGCCGUGGUUUCCAAACCUGGUCACGUGGUCCUUCCUGCUGCUAUUGUUCUCCACACUCAGACUACAGUGUGCCCCCCCCCCUCUAGUACCAAGACUCAAGUCCGGCUGGCUAACUAACUUUACUUACUAAGACUCAAGUGCGCCAUAAUUAUGGUCUAUGGUAGACAAACCAA